CAGCACUUUAAUUGUUAACCACUAUUAUUAUACAUUUGAACGAGUAUUUAAUAAUAUCUAAUCCACACAUUUAUAGCUAAGUAAAUUUACGUUCAGAUACUUCAGAUGACGUCGGUAUGAUAGUAUGCCACUAACUAAAAACCCCUUUAUUACAUAUAUAUUUUUUUUUCAUACACACACACACAGUAUCUGGUGCUUGGUGCUGUUAGGUUACCAGUACAACAUGUAAAUUCCUCUUUAACUUUUAAAUAAUUGUAAUAAUUAAUAUAAUAUCAGUCAGUAGAUUAUCACACACUGUUAACAAAUGUCAGUUUUAUUGUUUACUUAUUUAUUAUUCAGUUUACGUACUAGCUUAAUUUUAAACAGCAUAAUUAAAUGCUGAUAAUUUACUUGAUGCUGCGGUGAGGAUUUCCAACUGACAGCUGGAGGGGAUGAUGGAGUAAUAGAUAAGUGUGUGUGCAAUGCAGUAUAGUUUAAUUCACACUAACACUUUUAUACUAAACUGUACAUGUAUAUUUAUAAGUGUGUGUUUAAAUUGAAAAGAGCGCCAUCACCGAACGGCAGACAAAGGAGACAGUAGGAGAUAGAAGUUAAGUGGGGGUAGGAUUUACUUCCCUGUCUCUGUCUGUUUUUCAACAUAACAUAUAUCAUUAUUUAUAAAUAUAUGUGGUAUGCGGUUGCUAAGAUAAUUAAAUGACUGAUAACAGUUGGAUUGGUUAGUGAGUUUAAAAAGUGAGGACUAAAAAUGAUGCUGGGAUCGGUGAUAAGUUCAGUGUCACUUCGGCGAUGCUUUUAUUUAUCUUUGAUGGUCUUUGUGUUAUCGACACUGAUGGCAAUGGUUAUAAUAGUUAAAUUAACACCGUUAGAAUCCUCAAAAUGUCAUUCGUCGAAUACUGGAACGACUGCGAGGGUAGAAUGGAGCAGUGCUAUGCCCUUUGGAUCGAUAUCACAUAAUCGGCAUUUAGAUAAUUCCUCACUAUUUAUUAAUAACUUGCAGUCAUUAAUUUUAAAUAAUAGUGACAGCCAAAAUGAAGAUCAGGAUAUUAAAAAUACCGAGACGAGGAAUAAAAUUACGGGGUUGUCAUGGAAAAUGAGAAGCAAGAUAUUGCCCUUGCUGAUGAUCAAUGACACCAAACAGAUUGAUAUUAAUUAUAAUAUUCACAUAUUUUACUACCCCUGGUACCGCUCGCUGGAGUACGAUGGGGUGUGGAAGCAUUGGAACCACGAUUAUCUUCCCAACUGGAAGAAAAAUGACAAGAGAGUCUUUCCGGAGGGUAGACACCGUCCGCCAGCUGAUAUCGGCGCCAGUUAUUAUCCCAGUAUCGGUUGCUACAGCUCCAAUGAUCCUCAGGUGAUAGACCUACAUAUGAGACAAUUGAGGGAAACAGGCGUUGGAGUACUUGUUGUCUCUUGGACACCGCCAAACACACCCGACAACACAGACUCUGUGAUGGCUGAUUUAUUGGACGCUGCUCAUCGAUAUAAUCUAAAAAUAGCUCCGCAUAUUGAGCCUUAUCCUGGCCGAAAUCCUAUAAAUUUAAUCCAACAUAUCAAGUACUUGUUCGGGCACUAUGCUUCACAUCCGGCACUUCACCGGGCCAAGAGAAACAAUGACGGACCUCUGCUUCCGGUGAUUUACAUCUACGAUUCUUACUUGUUCCCAUCGAGCGCCUGGUGGGAACUUUUGUCCGAAAGGGGGAAUUUGACGUUAAGAGGAACAGAGAUUGAUGCAGUCUACAUCGGACUUUUGGUAGACUCUCAGCACCGCAGUCACAUUAAAAAGUCACACUUUGACGGAUUCUACACUUACUUUGCCGUCAAUGGGUUCAGCUAUGGAAGUACUUGGAAGAAUUGGAAAGACUUGAAUAAAUUCGCUGCGCAAAAUGGCUUGAUGUUCAUUCCUAGCUUAGGCCCUGGCUAUAUCGAUACUCAAGUCAGAGCAUGGAAUGCUGAAAAUAUUAGACACCGACGUCACGGACAAUACUACGAAGUCGCUUGGAAGAACGGAAUCAACAGCGGUGCUAAAGUUAUCUCGAUAACUUCUUUCAAUGAAUGGCACGAAGGUACUCAAAUAGAACCCGCGAAACCCGUCAGUAAUAAAGAUUUUACGUACCUCGACUAUGAACCAGAGGGACCUAACUUUUAUCUGAAUCUUACCAAGUGGUGGAUUCAACAAUUUUCUUACAAAUCCAUUAAUAUUAAUUAAUUAUUUAUUUAUAGUAGAGAUCUGAGAGUUUAAUAUUAAUUCAUCAUUUAAGAUCUCUAUUUAUAACUUCUAUAUAUUAGCUACAUCUUUAAGAAGGUAUCGAUUGCUUACAUUCAUUUAAAAUUUAUAUAAUUUUUACAUUCAUUAAUUAUAAGUAUGACUAGUAAUAUCCCAGUGAUAAAUUUAGUUUUAAAUAAAAAGACCGUAGAGUUUUUUUAAAUUAAAAAGAAUAAAAAGAUAGACUGUAAAUUUAAGGCAGAAGUAAAUUGGUGAUAUAUCAUUUGCGUUAGGAUCAUUGACUAAUGUAUUCCAAUUAAUUUUAUACUUAAUCAAAUAUAUAAGUA